AUGGCGGACGAGCGCCUGGAGCCGGUGCCAAGGCUCUUGGAAGGAGAUCAAGCGCUACCGAUCGCGGAUCCUCAGGAGCUCCCGCCGAAGCUGGAAUCUUUGGAGUCCGUGGAUUUGUCGGGGUCGCUUGGGAAAGAAUCUUUGCUAUCGGCUGGGGCGGCGGCUUCUUCCCCAAGAUUGAGCGCCAGCGCUGCGAGUCCUCGUCUUGAUCAGGUGAAGCCCUCGGUAGAAGUUGUAGGACUGUCGGAUGAUGCAGGGCAUGAUCUGCGGCUGGAUCAAGCCACAUUCUUUCGCUGCGUAGAGGAUGGGAAUGUCACGGCCUUGGAAGGGUUGCUUAAGAACAGGAAGCUGGAUGUCAAUGCCUACAAUGAUGAUGUGAGAUUUUCUUUCACUGUUUUUUUGUUUGUUCCUCCUGUUCAUCGCAACUUGGAUUGGAUUGUCCAGGGAAUGACUGCAUUGCAUCUAGCAGUGUACAAAUACGAGCAAUCUCGGAACUUGGAAAUGGUCGACCUUCUUAUCAAGCAUGGAGCGAGUGAAAGUAGAUUUUCAUCAAAAACCACCAUUGUUGGUCGCGUGGAGCUCAAGUCGUCGCUCUAUCUGAAAGGAUGGGAGUAUCGUCACUGGGACUCGAUGCUCAAGCUACUGGCGGAAGCAACCAUUAGACACUACGUUGCUAACAAUGUGAAAGAACCUACGGUUCAUGAGAACGCCAUUCCAGAAAUCAUACAAAAAAACUGGAAGAGCGUGUUUCAUAGCGGAAAACAUGAGACGAUCGAGCUUUGGGCAGAAGGGAGGCAUAUCGAAGCAUUAAAACUUCUUUUGUCUGGCGCAUCCAAGAUAUUGAAACUUAACAUCGAAAGCAACUCCUCCAGGAUCGACAUGAAAGAUGCAUCCUUCAACAUUGUGAAAGCGAUGGUCGAGUUCCUUUACACGGGUCAUUUGGAUGCAUCCUUGAUAGAGCAGCGAGGUAUUGAUCUGUUCGUGGCUGCUCACAAGUAUGGUGUCGAUGUACUUAAGUUGCGGUCUGAAGCUGCCAUAGUCGCCACUCCUGAUAACUGGAUUAAACUCUUGUCUGUAGCCACGGAGUGCAACUCCGAUGUUCUUGCCUGGAAGUGUGCUACUUCGAUCAAGAACCUCAUGGACACGAGACAGGACCGCGGACAUACGUUGAGGCACAGCUUCUCAGAAUCACACGAGGCACCGCAGCAGCUCUUUCAGCCAUCGGCUUGACAAAAUGCUAAACGCUAUAGCACUUCCUGUAAGUAGCUUCCUUAGUUCUUCUAAGUAACUCUUCUUGGAAGUCUUUGAGAACAGUGCCAGAAAUCUUUAAAGCUCGAGGAAAGUAUUGUCUAUGGUGGUGUUUCGACGCUUUCGUGGAGCGAUUUUUUCGACACAAAGAAGUAAUGUCACUGUAACGCUUUCGUGUGCAGCAUUGUCAAUGUAGUAGCGCUUCUUUCAACGCUUCGAUUGGAGCGAGUCU